GGUUUACCAUAAUUGUUUAUAACUAAAACUUACUAGCAAAUAUACCUGCACAUGUACAUGAAGAUGUGUGACUGACUGCAGAAACGACUGCAGCUCUGCCGUGUGUUACAUUACACAAGUGGCUCAUAAUCAGCAGUGGAGCUGCAGCAGCGAGCGGCUUACAGAGGACAAACACACAGCACUCUAUCUCUCUCUCUCUCUCUCUCUGUCCCUGAGCAAACAGCCUGUGUUUGGCUUCUGAAGCGCAGGAGAGUUUCUGGACUCACCAAGGACCAGUGGACAUGAGUGACGGACAUUCACACUUUCCAUCUUCAUUUUAAUACGAAGACUUAGAUGGCUUUGAAGGAGAGCUGCCUCACCUGGGGCUUCCUGCUGUGGUCUGUGACGUGGAGCUCUGCUCUGACUUUUACGCCACAUGAAGGAUCUCCGGUCAGUCCCAUAUUUCAUCACAUCACUCCACCUGCCACCAAGACGGGGGUGAAUAGCACUGAAGCCCCUAUGAGCAACUAUACAGGCCUGAGCUGCACAUCGCUGCUUCCCCCUCGGCGAGGUUCUUUCUAUCUAGAGAAGGGCAGUGGGAUGUCGGUGGGAACAGUUUUGGCGUUCUGGUGCCUCGAGGGGUACCAGCUGGUGGGCAGCGAGAAGAUCACCUGUGUCCUGCGUAGCGACACCGCUCAGUGGAGCAACUACCCACCCGACUGUGAGGCAAUUCCUAAACCGGAGGACCGUGGGUUGAGAGCGGCCGUGCUGGCAUCGGUAGUGAGCAGCAUCAUCAUCCUCGCCAUGUCCGUGUCCUUCAUCAUCUGCUGUCUCCAGGAGCGCAUGAGCAAAAAGAGGUCAGAACGGACAGAAGGACGGGGCAGGGCGAGAGACAAGCGCAAAUCAUCCUGGAGGAGCAAGUGCUGGCUGGAGAGAGACGAAGGAGACUGGGAAGCUGUUCCACCACCUAAUAUUUACAACCUUUCCCAUCAUCUUGAUCCCCAUCUGACUCCUGAGAGCCCGUUCUAUAUGGGACUAGCUGGUUAUGAUAACCGCGGGUAUCAGAGGAGUCAGGAAAACCUCGUGAAAGCUCCUCUUCCUGGUCUUUACCGUACAGAAAGUCAGAUGUACCCACAUGUGGUCCUGCAGAGGGUUCCCACACCCACAGUGCCGAGUGCACCCAGCGCGCCCAUCUACUUCCACUUCUCCACCCCUCCGCCCACAGAAAGCCCCAGUGAGCAGCCCGCUCUUCCACCGUACCCCAGCGCCGCUCCACAGCAUCUGUGGCCAUAGAUACACACUUUUAUUCAGAACUGGGGAUGGAUUAUGGCCCCUACUUGGGAACAGCUCCUGGGGUUCAGAAAACCAAGAGAAAUGAUGGACUCAAACUAGAGCCGUCUAGAUCAGCUCACACAGCUAGAUCUAAAUGUUGGACCAGGCUUGGGUCCAAAUGUAGUGACAUUUAGUGUGUUGCAUAUGUGAGGAGAUUUCUGAAUGACUGUAAGGUGGUCUGUUGUGUAGUUUUCUGAAGAUGAAAGUUAUAUUAGGAAAAGUGAGGACUCCAUACUGGUACUGUGAUCUACUCCAGGGUUUAUUUCUGUUCAUUAGUUAGUAGUUUUUAUUUUUGUUGCAAAGGAUCUGAUUACUUGCAUUCAUAAAAAACAAAAAUGCAACUGUGUCAGGUCACAUUGGAGCAUCAGUUUAAUAUUUCUAUGUUUUAUACUAUGAAAGGGUAGGAGAAUUACACUGAUACA